GGGAAAAACAAAAAAUGGCACGUCGUACGCGGUUCUUUUGAAUGAUAGGCUUCAGGAAGUUUACUACAAGCCUACAGUAGAAGCUAAAGCAUCCGAUUUAUGAUCAACAAAUGCAGUUCCCGUAAAGCACUUUUGAAGGAAUCAUGGAUGUCGCUGAAACUCGUUUCACUCACCUGCUGCAACCAAUUCGGGACCUUACCAAAAACUGGGAGGUUGAUGUAGCCUCGCAGCUUGGGGAGUACUUGGAUGAGCUGGACCAGAUCUGUAUAUCGUUUGAUGAAGGAAAUACCACAAUGAAUUUCGCAGAAGCUGCGCUGCUUAUUCAAGGUUCGGCAUGUAUCUACAGUAAGAAGGUGGAGUACCUGUAUUCAUUAGUCUACCAAGCUCUAGACUUCAUUUCCAACAAAAAUAGGCGUGACAAACAGCCAACUUCAAUUGAACCGGAUGGCCGGGACAAGGACGCUACUUUCGGGCACAAAAAAGAUAAAGUGGAGUUUCUCUCCUUGGACGACUUCAGUGAGACAAACUCUGCGAACGUGGAGCUGAGAAAUGACAAUGCCAAAGGUUUGGAGAUCGUACCCCUCACCCCAGAGCCUCUCAUUCCUGUUGAAGUGGAGGAGAAGAAGAAGAACCCCUUAUUGAGCCAUAAAGGGGAGGUGCUGGCAAGCUGCAGGGACUUCCGGAUGAAUACCUUCACUCCCCGCGCCAACGGCCUCAUCCGGCUGGACCUGAUUUCCACUCCGUCAAUGUUUGUGAAGGACAUACGCUUGUACAUGCAGGAUAACCUGGUCGCAAGCCCCAUUGUUGGUCUUGAAGACGCAAAUCCCCAAAACACUCCUCUGCCACCGUUGAACCUGUCUGAAGGUCCAGAUGAGGGUGGAGUGAUGCCAGGGGCGGCUGGGGCCGGGGACCUGCCUGAGGCCUUCCUACCACUGGAGGGGGACGAGGGCAUGGAGUUGGACCCCGGGACCGAUGAGCACAUCUGCAGGCAGCAGGCUCCCAGUGAGAGGCGAAUGCUGCGAGAGAGGCCUGCUGAGAGAGCAGGCCUACAGCCUGAGGACAUCCCAGACCCCUGGAGGUGCCACAAUCCUUUCUCUACUCCACUGCCGGACAAACCGCUUAAGAUCGGGAAGCACUUCACCAUCCCGCCGGGCGUACAGGAAGUGACGGGAAACAAGAGGAAGAGGAGAGGCACCGUGAAGCUGCCGGCUUUCAUGGACUGGUUCACCAAGACCUCGUCUGACAGGCCCAGCCGUCGGACCAAAAAGGGGCCUACAUUUCCAGAUAUGGAGGACCUGUACUGGAACAACGUCAGAGAGAAGCUCAAGAUUCUGAAGAGGUUCCAGCGGAGAGCGGGCGUCCUGGUCUGUGACGUUCCGGGGCAGAGGAACUUGGAUCAGUGGGGCUCUGAAGAACAGCAGCAGGACGAGGGGCUGGACGAGCAGCCUGACGACUUCCAGGACCCCGAUGGAGGGGGGGGCGAUUUCUCAGACCAUGAGAACCCAGCGGAGAUUGCGGACGAUCGGGACCUGGUGAUCACAGCGUCUCAGACUGAGAGGAUGUCGUACGAGGACCUGGUCAAGCGGAGUGUGGAGCUGUUCCUGGUGAACUCGCGGAAGUACGAGCAGGAAACCGUGCUGUCCCGCCGCAUGAAGGACUGGGAGGAGAUGAUUGGGCCCCAGCUCUCCACACAGGAGGGACAGCUGGCCUUUGACAUCCACGACUACGGGAAUAAGAUCAUGGCAGCUUUCAGCGACGUGGCAGAGAGGCGGACCUUCGCCUCCAUCGUCCGGGGGAAGGAGAGCCACGAGGUGUGCAGAUACAUGCUGGCCUCCCUGCAGCUGGCCAAUGACCACACGGUGGAGAUCCACAGAGGAGAAGGGCUGGAGGAGGCCAUCGACACCAUGGCGCUGACUCUGCUCACCAACCAGAAAGCCCACGAGCGCUUCAAGACCUACACCGCUCCGUCCGUCACUAACGCUAGUUGACCGGCCUCUCUCAUAACCCCCCCCCCCCCCCCCCCCCCUCCAUACCCUCCAUAGUCUACACCUGUUCCUGCUGGGUUUGAGUGAGUCUGAUGUGUGAUGAUGGUCUAUGUGAUGAUCUCUACCUCUGCUGAUGUCAUCACUGCUUGCGCUGGUCGCUGAUUGAUGAUUGGUCUCUCAGGGGCCUCCUUCACCAGUGACUGCCUCACUCCCCUCAGUUGACCACCCCUCUGCCCAUCUCCAGUCUCUGAACAGCAAACGCCAAAAAAACAAGGCCAUCAUUGUGUUUAGACUUCAUAUCUUAUCUGUUCGGUUUUUUGUCAAUUAAGACAAGUACUGCUAAAAUCUUCGAUUUUCUGCUUAAAAUAAGAUUUGAAGUGUCACUGCAGGACUGAAACCCUCGUUAGGGCGGACAUUUUGCAGUGUGGGUGGCUGUGCACCGGCAUCGUGUCACUGAGGAGAGAGCCUCUGCCUAUACCUUUUCUGUGUUUAUUCCCCUGUUCUCCUGUCUCCCUCUUCAAUAUUUAAAACGGGUGUUUUCUAUGGAAAAAUAUACUGUGUCUAUCUCAUGCGGAUAUAUGGGCUCGUGCAGGCAGUUCUGGAAAAUGUAUAAUAUACUUGUAUACGUAUAGAGUAGGACUUUUACUGACCCCCCCAUUCCUAAAAAACUGCUGUCUAUUAAGCAAACUACCAUUGUUGGACUGUCAAAUAAAUAUUCAUAUCAUUGGAAUCAUAUUUAUAUUUUUAAUGCAUGAGUAAAAAUAAUGGAAAUAUCUUUAAAGGCAGCGAUUUACCAUUGGUUUAUAUUGCAGGUGUGGUCUUCUGACUCCAUGCCUCAAAUAAACUGGCUUUUGUGA